UCUGUCCCGCCCCUAACUCGGGGCCCUUCGGAACUCCGAGGAGAAUCAAGUGGGUGGGACACUGCUAGGUCAGCUGAGUGACAGUCACGGGAUCGCGACCAAGUCUGAUUUCCUGGAGGAAAGCAGAUGAUGGACCCAGGACUCCUAGUGUUACAGGACAUGGAGAAGGAACGGGAGACACUGCAGGUCUGGAAGCAACGUGUGGGACAAGAGCUCGAUUCUGUGAUCGCUUUCUGGAUGGAGCAUUCCCAUGACCAGGAACACGGGGGCUUCUUCACAUGCCUUGGCCGCGAUGGGCAGGUAUAUGAUCACCUCAAAUAUGUCUGGCUGCAGGGGAGGCAGGUAUGGAUGUAUUGUCGCUUAUACCGCACUUUUGAGCGCUUCCGCCGUGUCGAGCUUCUGGAUGCAGCAAAAGCAGGUGGUGAAUUUUUGUUGAGUUAUGCCCGGGUGGCACCGCCUGGCAAGAAAUGUGCUUUUGUGCUGACCCAGGACGGCCGUCCAGUGAAGGUGCAGCGGACCAUUUUCAGCGAGUGCUUUUACACCAUGGCCAUGAAUGAACUGUGGAAAGUAACAGGGGAAAUGCAUUAUCAGAGAGAAGCCGUAGAGAUGAUGGAUCAGAUCAUCCACUGGGUAAGGGAGGACCCAGCUGGGCUGGGCCGGCCUCAGCUCUCGGGAACACUGGCCACAGAGCCCAUGGCAGUGCCCAUGAUGCUGCUCAACCUGGUGGAGCAGCUUGGAGAAGAAGAUGAGGAGAUGACCGACAAGUAUGCAGAACUAGGGGACUGGUGUGCCCAUAGGAUUCUUCAGCAUGUCCAGAGGGAUGGACAAGUUGUACUGGAGAAUGUAUCAGAGGAUGGCAAAGAGCUCCCUGGUUGCCUUGGAAGACAUCAGAACCCAGGCCACACACUGGAAGCUGGCUGGUUUCUGCUCCAGUAUGCCCUCAGGAAAGGUGAUCCCAAACUUCAAAGGCACAUUAUUGACAAGUUUCUCUUACUGCCUUUCCACUCUGGAUGGGACCCUGAGCACGGAGGCCUCUUCUACUUCCAGGAUGCUGAUGAUCUCUGCCCUACCCAGCUGGAAUGGAACAUGAAGCUGUGGUGGCCACACACUGAAGCCAUGAUUGCCUUCCUCAUGGGUUACAGGGACAGCGGGGACCCAGCCUUGCUGAACCUCUUCUACCAAGUGGCUGAAUACACCUUCCACCAGAUGAGUUUAAGAGGCUGUAGUUCAGAAGAGAGAAAUUUGGCUUGCUACCUUGCUAGGUGUCAUAAAAAAUGUACAGGGACUAAGCCACUACCUAAAGACUAUACAUGGACUGACCCUGGACUCCGACCUCAUAGGUAGCAAUGAAUAUCCUAGUAAGAUCACCAGUGGAAGGGGAAGCCCUUGGUCCUGCCAAGACUGAACCCUCAGUGAACGUGAUUGUUGGGGGGAGGGCGGUAAUGGGGGGAGGAUGGGGAGGGGAACACCCAUAAAGAAGGGGAGGGAGAGGGGUUAGGGGGAUGUUGGCCCGGAAACCGGGAAAGGGAAUAACAUUCGAAAUGUAAAUAAGAAAUACUCAAGUUAAUAAAGAAAAAACGGGAAAAAAAAUGUAGGUAACCUGGUGGUACAUAUCUGUAAUCCUAGCCCUGGAGUGGCUGGAACCAUAACACAGCAUAGAGACCAGCCUGGUCUACAAGAGUAAGUUUGAGACUUAACCAGCUACAUAAGGAGAUCUUGUCUCAAAUAAACAAAUAACAACAACAAUAGAUAGUAUGGAGAGUCAAGAGUAAGGUAAAUUUUUUAAUAUAGAAGGUAAAGAGGAGGGGCUGGAGAGAUGGCUCAGCAGUUAAGAGCACUGACUGCUCUUCCAGAGGUCCUGAGUUCAAUUCCCAGCAACCACAUGGUGGUUCACAACCAUCUGUAAUGGGAUCUGAUGCCCUCUUCUGGUG